CCCCAAUAGAAUUAUUCUGAAAACGAAACACUAUAGGUGUCAGAUAGUUCGUCAAGUGUAUACAGGUUUAUUAAUACAGUUUGGAACAUAUCCAAAUGAUUAUCAUUUGUUGAUGGUCACCACACACACUUGUUAAUGAUAUGCUCAGCUCACCGGCGCGUUAUUUUUGACGAGCAUAAUGGCGCUACCACCUGAGCUGAGUCAUGACAGUGAGUUUCUGAAUUAUGUGAACGUUCAGGUAGCCCUGAGCAAGGUCGGGGAGAGCUUGGAGGCGUACACGGAGGGCAAGCUGCGGGACGUUCACUCCGACGUCACGAGGGUACUCGCGCCUAAAAGUCUCCCACAGUGUAAAAACAACUGCAGUGAACAACUGAGGAAACAAUUCAAAAGUUGGUGCAUCGCGUGCACCUCAUGGAAGAAGGAGCUGGAAUCACCGGGUAACAUGCGGACGCCGGCGGGCACACAAUGGGACAAAAUGGAGUCUUGGCUGUGGCCAAAAGACUUCCGGAACAUCGCGCAGGUAUUCAUACAGACCGGCUGGAACACAGCCAACGUCGACCUGCAGGACCUGACCACUGUGUUCGGCAUAUGGCGGCGCCUGGCGCGGGUCCCCCAAACCACCGUCACCGACUCAGAUGUGCUGAGGGAUAUCAGGAAUAGCAUUGCGCAUGCAACAGCCCAACGGGUUAUGCGGGUGGAUGAUUCCACCAAAACUCAGACGUUUCAGGAAAUAAGAAACGUACUGUCGAACCGAGACGUAAAGCCAUUUGUUGCAGACUUUAACGCAGUCAUGGGUAUGAUGGCAUCACUCGAAAAUGCUUCCAAGAAUGAUGAAGAUGACGACACAAACGACGAACUGCUUGGCGGUGUAGUGCGGCUGGUGAACCGCAGCGGCUGGAGGGCGCGGCCGCCCAAGGAAAUUGAGCUGCUUGGGACGCCAGUUGAGGUAGUGCUCAUACACCACUCCGCUGUCGGAGAGAACAGCACACGUUCCGCUUGUGUCAAGGAAGUCCGGUGCAUCCAGACAUUUCACAUGGACUCAAAAGGUUGGUCAGACAUCGCGUACAACUUUGUUGUUGGUGAGGACGGGCGGGUUUAUCAAGGCCGGUCCUGGGACAGGGUCGGCGCACAUACACUCGGCUGGAACAAGGUCGCCAUAUCUAUCUGCUUCCUGGGAGACUACACGGACAAGCUUCCGCCAGACUGCGCGCUAGAGGCGGCCCAGGAACUCAUCAAGUACGGAGUCUCCGAAGGGAAAUUAGCCCCGAACUACAAUCUGUACGGGCACUGCGACGCGCGAGCAGGAUUUGAGAGUCCGGGCAGGGCGCUGUACGCACUUAUAAAGACCUGGGACCACUACGACUCUGUAAGGCCGAUCGUCAAACCAGAACCCGUCCACGUUAACCAACCUUGAUGGCAGUUAAGCAGACUGUUGACUUAAGAGUAACAUUGAUAUGAAGUAAGGUUGUGAUAUUGUUGUGAAGAAAGUUGGAAACUACGUGCGUCAUUGCCCUGGUAUGCAUGUUCAAAGAAAAUAUAUCUGCACAAUUAACAGUUACCAGUAUGGUCAAACCUAAUAAGUCCAAUGUCACACCAGUCUUAUAUUUUGUUCUACGUGUUUGGGCCGAAGAAGUUUGAAGCGAACGAAAUGAAAAUAAAAAUACUUUAUUUCUCUGGAGCGGGACAAGGCGAAACAUUUUUUCCUAUAUAAGAGUUAGAAUGAUAAUCCUGAUUAAUUAGUUGAAAACAUCCUUCUGAAUGUAAGUCACGGUAUUCACUUAUUUAUGCCAUGCAUCGUUGUGACCAUACUGACUAUUUAUAUAUGCUUAUAUUUAUUAUAUUUUGUCAAGAAACUGUUAUUAUAUCACAUGUUUACGACAAUAAACAUUUCUGUCUGUC